AUGGCCACCUUGUUGAACGGGAUGCUCGUGCUGUUCCUGGGACAUGCUGCAGGUCAUGGCAUUCUGACUGUGCCACACUCCAAGAACAAUGGCUACCCAGGUAGUUAUGCUUUGGAUCGCUCAGCAUACUAUACCACUGCAUCCUGGUGGCUGGACCGAGCUUACUUUGGAACUCCCAAAGUAACACCAUGGAUGCGACCAGGCCACUUCUCAUGGGCAGAUGCUCGAGACCUGGCAGAUGUAUCUCAAACUUUCCAUCCAUGUGGCUGCUACAACCCACACGGCGUGCAGUUCUGUGCCGGUGUCGAGCUUGCACACGGCUGGGGCGAGACCUCCAUGGGUCCUGUGGCUGGCCCCAAGGUGACGCCACCUCAGUGGCCGUUGGGAAGUCAACAGGAAACCGCGUUCAAUCUGUAUGCGAACCAUGGAGGAGGCUACGUCUACAUGCUGUGCAAAAGGACCGAUUUUCUGCAGUGCCAAAAGGAUCUCAGUGAACCCAUUCGCAGCUCAACUAGGGAGCAGGUGGAUGCGUAUCUGAAGUGCAUUUGGGAUUGUUUCGAAAGCAAUGUCUUGGAGUUUGCAGAUUCGCAGUGGUUGGAAUAUCAAGAGCAGCGAGACAUGAAUGUGACCAUGAAACCCAGCAGUCGUAGUGAAGGGACCUUACCAGCACAGUCCUCAUGGAGGUGGAUCCCCAUCCCUGACACCACGCAGAUCACUGGAGGCGGAGAUGGCACGUGUUCCUGGGAUGCCGUGGAGUCCUUCAGCAACGACCAGGUCAAGCAGCACUUCACUGAGGAUUUCGGCACGGACCAGCUCUGUGACACCGGGCCAAAGGUGCAUAAUCCCAACAAUUGGCAGGUGAAAGACAAGGUGAUUGUGCCAGCCAAUCUGCCAGUUGGUGAAUAUGUCUUGAGUUGGCGCUGGGAUUGUUACAUGGCGGAUCAAAUCUGGUCAAACUGUGCUGACGUGGAAAUCACGAAUUCACCGGGUACCCAGACCACAACGGUCGUUUUGAUUGCAACUACUUCCGAGAACGAGGAGCCGCGUACACAAAUCCAUUGGCGUAUUGCGCACAUGCUGCCAUUCGAAACGCAUGCUGCUUCUGUGAGUCGAGUUUGCGGCAACGCCGAGCUCUACGGCGUGGGCACCGUGGGCAUGAGGCUGCGCUGUGGACGAUUUCAGCUCACCCUCGCGUUGCGCGCAACCCGUGCCAGCGCCGGUCGUGUCGUGAGGUCUGAAUCUGACGCUGCCCGGGCCCGGCGACGAGCGGCGCGUGCUGAACGUGCACGGCGCCAGGCACAGGCGGAGGCCACUCGGAAUGCCAAAGUGACUAGCCCUGAAGCUGACCGAGAAGAGAGCGAAGGGGAGGAUGAUGAGCCAUCCUUGGCAUUGGUGGUGGUUAGGGCUGCGAGGCCGAUCUUGCGCAGCGUCCAGUGGUUGGCCAACCGCGUCCUGGGAGAGAAGAAGACGAAUCUGGGUGACACCAGCCAGUUUUCCUAUGACCAUCUGUCUGGCCAGUGGAUAUUGCGAAGGCCUAGCGCCACUGGAGCAGAGGAGGAGUCUGCUUCUUCCACAGAGGACCAAACCUGGUCACUUCCCGAGACACAGAGGCCCAUUAGGCGCUCAGAGGAGUCUGACGGUGGCAUGGCAUGA